GUCAAAAACAAAACAAGCCUUUAUGGCGGACGAAAAAUCUCAAAUACUAGAAGAUGCCUACUCUGAGUUUAACAAGCGCAAUUAUGAGGAAGCGGAAAAGCUUUACACAAAGUUUAUAACUUCCUGUUUACAGUCCAGGAAUUGUGAAGCGGUCAGUUUGGCAACAGCCUUUAACAACCGUGGACAGAUCAAGUACUUCCGGGUGGAUUUUUGCGAAGCUAUAGAGGACUACACGUCCGCAAUAGAAGCUGACAACCACUUUGCAGUUUCGUUCUACAAUAGAGGACUCAUCCAUUAUAGAUUAGGCUUUUUUGAUGACGCCAAGAGUGAUUUUCAACAAGCCCUUAAACUCAGUCCAGAUUUUGAAGAUGCACAAGUGAGCCUGCGGCAGACACUGCUGGACCAGCAGGAGAAGAUUAUUAGAGGAUACUGAAUCUAAAUACUGCACAUCACGUCACCCGGUUCAUCUAGUGUUCAACGAUCAACACAAAAACAUGGGAGAUUUGAGCAAACAGCUUUUCCCUUGUUCAUCUGCAGUAUGAUCAUAACGGAGAAUGUUUUGAAUAAAAAAUAAAAUGUUUUUUAAAGAGUGCAGAACCAUGUAAAGAUCAAUAGUCUGUUUGUGCAAUAUGUUUAGAUUUUUCUGCCUUUAGGUUCGUUUUUAUUUUGGGGUUUAAUUUAUUUCUUUGAGUGCAGUAAUAUUGAAGUAACACAAAAUAAAAAUACAAUAAUUGCAUAGAAACAGUCUUUUUAAAGGGGUUAGUUUCUGAUUAUUGUAAAAAGUUUGGAUCUCUGAUGUGGAACUUUCUUUUUAGCUAAAUGAAACAUAUAUUUUUUUUACAGAAUUCAUCCCUCAUGAGGAUAAAUUCUAGCUCUGGAUAGCCCAGACUUAGCCAAAACAAGUAUUGUGUUCAUGUGAAGUUUUUGUCUUUUAUGCAACAAUAAAAAAAAACUAUGAAUAAGUCAGUUUAAAAACUGGCUUGAGCUAAGCUUGAUUAAAUUUAAAGAAGUGUGUCUAGCAUACCAUCUGAAAAUAUGACCCUCAUUGUCCUAUUGCCCAACAAACAAAUCUGAAUUUUAGAUUAGACAAGAUAUCAUCUUCAAAAUAUGUGAUGUGAACUACCACCACAGCAAAGUUUAGCUCAAUGUUUGUCAAAUUUACAGAGUUAUAAUCUUUUAUUUUGUGUUGAUUAGCUGUGGCCGUAUUAAACUGGAAUAACUCUGAAGGUUAAACGAGUUGGAGGAUAUGGUGAUGAUAAACUGACAAGCCAUAAACAAAACACCAGAGAAUUAAAAUGAGACACAGACCUGCAGUAAUUAUAAAAAAUAUAUAAGGUUCAAAAUGAAAAAUAAAAAACAGUAGCCUAAAUUGAUUUUAACUCGUUUGUAUGUCUGAAAUGGUAAAAUUAAAUGAAAUGAUGAUUAAAACUAUUAAAACGCUUUAUUAUCCUUC